GCUGAGCAGCAGCUCCCACUCCCAGGCUGACAGUGCUGGACACACAUAGUGCAGGGGCAGGAAAGUGGGGCAUAUUGGGGGGCAAUAUAAAGUGUAAAGUCCCCCCAAAACCUACUGAUAAUGAUUACACAGUAGCCAUACAGGGACUGAUAGGGGACCCUAGAUCCCCCCCAAAACAAUGAGAGGGGGCGUGGCCUGAUUGGACACUUGGUGCAUGCAAAUUGCAUGGGUGCUGACGUCACUUCCUACCUAUAUACCCGGCCGCCAUUUUCUGGCGGUGAAAGAGUCGGGGGAAGGUUCGUCGGUGACGGGAGAGGAGCGGACACAGCUCCCCGGCCAGCACGCCCACCCACACGCACUGCCAAAAUGUUUCAACCACCUGUUAAUAAUCUGGAUAAAAUAAGAAAGGCACGGAAACGGGUGAAACAGUUGCUACUGCAGAUUGGUUUAGAAACUUGCAGAGAUGAAUUUGAGGAAAUCAACACUUAUAAUCCAGGAGACACACAUUAUUCCAGUACAUCAUGGGAGGAUGUCUCGCUUUGGGAAGCUAAUGGACGCAGAAAUGGUUACAGAUCAAAGCAGUAUUGCUGUAGCCUCUGCAAAUUUUCAACCAAGCUGCUUUCUUCAUUCAAAGGCCACUUGCAACGUUAUCAUGAAGAUGAGAAGGACCAGGAGCUCAUGUCAGCUUGCCCAAGUUGCCCAUUCACCUCACAAACAAAGAAUGUGAUAAAACACAUGCGGAUAUUUCACUCUAGUGUUCGUAAAGUUCCAUCAUCUACUGUAAAAGAGAGUCCAAAUAUGGUCAAUACCAUCAGAUUUUCUUGCGUAAAAUGUGCCUUUACUGACACCCUGUAUUACAGUAUGAAAAGGCAUGUUCUUAUGAGCCAUCAUCAUAGUGAACUAGAAAGUUACUUUGGCGAGAAAUCUGAGGAGGAAAUCAAAAGCGCCGCUGCAUUAAAAAUCAUUCAUGAUAAUAGAUAUUUUUGCAGAAAAUGCCAUUGUGUAACUAGUACUCCUGAUGCAUUGAUUUACCACAUUUUGACAGCUGACAAACACCGAGACCUGGAACAGAAAUUGCGAACUGACAUCUCUGACAUGAGCCGUUCAAACAUUAGAAGACCUUACAAAAGAAUGCUAGCUGCUGCAGCUCCUUCACUUAAACAGCAAGUAUUGUCUAAUUCUACACCUGUGGCUCCACCACCCACUCAAGAAGUACAGGUUGUUUCAAUUCCACAGAAUGGUCCUAAUCAACCUUUGUUGGGGGCAUCCAAUGCUCUUGUACCAAAUAUAGUAACAUCAAUAGCUUCUGUCUCAGAUCCUACUGGAAGUUUAUUAAAUAACACCUCUACUACAGUUGCCACCACUACUCAAGUUGGAUUUGUUACCUCUUCACUUUCUCAAAAUCAGAGCUUUACCCUUCAGGCUUCCCUUCCUCAAUCUGUCUUCCUGACGCCAAGAUUUUCUCUGAACCAGCCUAUCACUGCGACGGUGUUUCCUCCUGGGUGCAAUGUAGGUGGGCAGAUUAUCCGUGGUGCUCAAACUAGUGUGAGACCCACGGUUUUGCCUAUGAACCAAACAUUAUCGGGAGGACUGCUUCCUAUGACUCAAUCAACAACAGUUCUUACUUGUUCGCAGCCUUUACAAUCUAAUGUGAUCAAUUUGAAUCAGCCGAUGCAAUCUACAGUUUUUCCUGUGAAUCAGCAGCUAAAAUCUAACAAUCUUACAAUUGGUCAACCUGGUAUUUCCCAAAACACAUUUCUUACAGCCCCCAUAUUUAGACAGCUCAUUCCAACAGGAAAGCAAGUUAAUGGCAUACCCACAUACACCUUAGUAACAUUGCCUGUUGCCCCUUGUGCUAUACCUGCUGUUAAUCCACCAAAAGUGCCUAUUCAGCUGUCACAGCCCAAUAAAGUGGUUCAGGUUUCAACCUCUCCAGCCAGUGCACCAUCUCCACCAGUAGUCACACAGGCAAAAACCACACCACAACAGACUCAAAAUCUCACUCUUACUCUUUCUCAAUGCCCUAUUGCUGCGCCAGGUGUUUUAGGCAAAGAGGCGAAGCAAUGGAAGACGUGUCCAGUUUGCAAUGAGCUAUUCCCUUCAAAUGUCUAUGAGGUUCACAUGCAGAUUGCUCAUAUAAAAUCGGAAACUGGUCCUAGUAAGCAAAUCGCAACUUCCGCAAGCAAUGAAACAAAAGAAGCCGUAGUCAUAGCGGCACAAGCAUCAUAUUUGAAAGUGCUGAAAGGAAAAUCCAUCAGAUGUGUGACUUGUAAGAUGUGCCCACAAGAGGAAGAGGUGUUAAAACACUUGCUGAUGCAUGGUAUGAUCUGUCUAUACUGCAAAGCCGUUUUCCAUGAACUGAGAAACUUUGUCUAUCACAUGAAAAUCUUACAUGUAAGCAAAAAGAUAGUGCAUCCAGAUUUUGUCAAGAAAGGUAUCACAAUAUCAAGGGAUGCUAAAGGGGAUGUGCACUUCCCUCACUUUGACCUCGCCAUGUGCGUGUCCAGAGAGGAGCUUGGAGACAAAGACAUGCACCUUGCUGUAGUUGCUGGAGCUAAUGCGAACACUGCUACUACUAUUUAUAUUAAAAUACAACCUUCAGCGGAGUCAAGUAGCACAGCUGAAACGCAAUCUAAAUGUCGCUUUUGUAAUUACGUUUUAUCCAAAUCGGAGGUAUACGAGACACAUUUGAAAGAAAGGCACCAUAUCAUGCCCACUGUGCACACCAUAUUGAAGACUCCUGCUUUCAAGUGCAUCCAUUGCUGUGGUGUCUAUACUGGUAGCAUGACUCUGUCAGCAAUUGCAGUGCAUCUACAACGUUGUCGCAAUGCGCCAAAAGAUAGUACCUCUGGCGUGGAGUGUACUCCUGAAAAUAGUGCAGUGCCUAAAGGGCAGACGAGGGUCGGAACGCAUGAUUAUGCAAAAACAAAACUAGGUUUUACUGCAGAUUCUCAGGUUACCUCAAAUGAGACAAAAACUGGAGACCAGUCGCCCAUGCCUUCUAAAAGGAGGAGGAUAGAUUGCAAACCUGAUCAUUCAGAGGUGCCUGUUACAGAGGCAUCUCUUGAGAUGCUUGCGUUAAUUCCAGGUGCUUCUGCAACUGAAUCCCAAGAAUCUAAAAAGGCAUUUUUGUUUGAGUAUUUCCACAAAAGACCAUACCCCAGCAAGAAGGAAAUAGAAUUGCUGUCUACUGUACUGGAAAUGUGGAAGAGUGAUGUUGCUUCAUUUUUUGGUACAAGGCGAUAUAUAUGUAUGAAAUUUCUCCGAAGUCACAAACAACAAGUAAUUCUAGGAUUUAAAAUGGACGAACUUAAAAAAGUAAAGCAUGAUGUGGAAUUGCAAGAAGACUAUUAAACACAAACUAAAUUACCAGUAUCUUAUUCAAUAUAUAUUUUUACGCUUCUCCCUCCAUUCCUUUUAACAAAGCCAUGACUUUGCAGCACAUCAUGCACUUGGUGAGAGUUCCCACGUGGGAGUCUGAGAGAAUGGGGGGAAAAAACCUGCCGCACAUGUAAAAAUUCAGUUCACUUUGCCUUUUUCGUGGUCUAUUCCUAUUACAAUGCUCACGUUUCCAGUCUGGUAGUUCUGCACUAUUAUGUAAGCUUGUCAGUGUUGGCCAGAACACUCCUGUACCGGAAUAUUCUUUACUCCUUAUCUGGUUUUGUAUAUGGACAGGUGCGAUUUGUUUUUACAAAUAGUUACGUUACAUUUCUGUUUGACAUUUCUCACAAAUAGAUUAGUAAGAGGAAUUGUAUAUUUGGUGCAGGUCAGCUGUCUAUUGCGUAGCCUAACAUGCUGUCUAAGCAAGUGGUCAGACCUCAGCAGGGAAAUUUUGUUUUUCCCAGCCGGUCAGGUUCUAUAGCUGAACACACCCCUGAAUGUUAGACAGUAUUCAGAUGGUCUUUGGCUGGUUUGAUGUAGGUAUAUCAGGGUAAAGAAGACUGUAUUCUUAGGAUGCAGUAUGUGUCCUAGAGUAUUCAAUCUUUGAUGUACAUUUUAUGUAUAAUUUUGGUUUUGUUGUACAUAACAGCCCCUUCAUAUCUCAGAUUUAAAUGUGCUGUCUUGCUUUUUGUAAUUUAGGUGCAAUGUACAGACCUUUUUAAAACAAUGUGCUGCUCUUAAGAUGCACAGUUACUUGUAUUAAAGUUUUACAUAUAUCUGUCUUUCAUCUGAUAUUUGUGAUGCUGCCUAAUAGCAGUUCUACAAAUGGCAUUAUAACCAUUAUAUAAUUCAUCUUCAGACUUGUGGAGCACGAUGUAUGCAUCAUUUUGGGUGUACUUAACAAUACUUUUUUUUUUUUUUCCCAGUAUGGAAAUUAUUGUUCAGAUUUCUGCAGUUCAGUUUUUAAUGUGUGAUACAAAACACUUUUAUAUACAUAUAUAAAUAUUCUAUAAUUUAUUAGUAACUUUGGGAAAUCAGGACCCCUAGUUGUAGAAAGUGUGUAUGUAAAGUGCCAGUUCGGCUAAUUCAUUUCUACUUAAAUGUGUUAUGUCUAGUACAAAUGUUAACCAUGCCAAUUUGGACUUGCUUUUGUUUAAAAUAAACUUUUAAAACAUUUAA